GCAGGCAAGACAGGUAGAAGAAAGGAGAAGGGCACGAGUUAGCGCUCGAGUGGUAUCUCCUCCGCUUCCCCUCCGACUCGUCACUUCGCCCGCGGUGGAGGGACCUGUCAUUUUCUCACUGCGUUGUUUUCGUCCGUAAUCCCGAUCGACGUUAAUUUUCCUUUUUUUUCCGAAAACUUCUUAUCUAUCAGGUAAGCGUCUCCUUCGUAUCCAUUUUCUCCUUUUUGCCUGCCGUCCUCUGCCCCAACUCCUCCUCCUCCCUGGAAAUGAAAACCCUAGAGGCCAACGAAUCUAUGGCUGGCGAGCCGCUGGCCCAAUCCCGGACUGAAGCUAAACCUGGGGUGGCUGUGCAUGUUGGUGAUGAGGGUGUGGGUUUAGGGUUGGCUAGCCGUGGGUCACCGGGGGAAAUCGCUUUCGCCGUUGGUGAUCUCGCGUGGGGGAAGACCAAGGGCCAACCGUGGUGGCCGGCGAUGGUUUCUGAUCCGUCCCGCGCGCUCGGCGACGCCAAGAAGGUUUACCGGAGGGAUGUCUCCUUCUUCGUCACUUGCUUCGGUAGCGGCGCCUUUGCGUGGUGCGAGCCGGCCCAGCUGAAGCCCUUCGUCGAGGAGUUCCAUCGCAUGGCGAGGCAGAGCAGCUCGAAGGGCUUCGUCGGAGCCGUCGAGGGCGCCUUGAAUGAGAUGAGGCAGCGCCUCCAGUUGGCGCUUACUUGUUGCUGUGUUUCGCCGGAGGCCCGAGGGAAAAAUGCUGGAGGUCCACCUGGGAGACUCCCGGUCACGAAUUUCGAGCCUAUCGAGUUCCUCGAGCACCUCCAUGAUGUGGCUUGUGAUGUUCUGGCGGCCGAUAUGUUGGAAGUUGCAGCUCUCAAGAGUUGGACGAUGGCUUUUGGGAAGGGGUGGACAGAUGGUGCGCCUGGGUGCCAUCCUCGCCGUCAGAUAAUGGAGCUGGUGGAUAAGAUCGAUCUUGACGUGCCGCCAGGCGACUUUGGUGAUGGCAAUGAGGAGGGAGAUGACGACUGUUGGAUCACUGGAAGCAGGGUCGGAAAAGGUCUCAGGACAUCACAAGGCAAUAUGCAUAAAAGCCAGAAGAGAAGGAGCAUGGCCGUGCUCAUUGCCGAAACAGAUUUGGAUACAGUUGAGCUCAGCAACGGCGAUGACCUUGAGGAGGAGGAGAAGGUAAAGGCAGCAAAGCACCAGAUGAAGUCCGAGAAUGAGGAAGAUAUGGUCACGGGUUGUGGUAGUAUUAAAGCCCAAGAAGAUCCCUGCUCAGGUAGGCGGGAGCGAAAGAGGAGCAAGUACUUGUCCCCUCCUUACACUUGUUUGGGUGCAUAUACCAUGACUCUUGACUCACCAAUGGGCACCGAGGUGAAGUCACCAAGGAAGGCUGAUGAAGCCUCUAGGGACGUAAAUUCUGAUAUCUCAGCAGUAUUGAGAUGCAACUCUGAGGCCUUUCAGAAGGAAGAGGAUAAUUGUAGUCCUGGUUUCAGCGUUGAGAACACAUCUAUGAUAGAGAUUCUUUUCGAGUUUCUUUGUACAGCAAAAAAUCUGCUCCAUUUAAAGUGGAAUCGGUCAGCAAAAAUGAUUAAAGGCUUCUUCAUUAAAUAUCGAAGCUCAAUGUACUCUAGUGGAUCUGACUUCUUAACAUUCCAGAAACACGGUACGGACUGCUGCGAUGGAAGUGGCCAAUCCUCAAACAAGGUGACUAUCAAUACCAGCUCUGGAGUUGGAGAAUGCGAGAAUCAUUGGUGGAAUAGUAAAGGUGUUGCUAUUUCAGAAGCAGAGACAGGUUUUGGUGCUGAUACAAAAAGUCAUUCUGAACAAGGCAAAGCUGGGAAGAAGAGGAAGAUGAGAUUGGAUGAAGCUACCAGUGUAUCACCAGCAAAGCUGGAUCCUCAGGUCAUAAACGUUCCAGUGGAGAGCAGAUAUGUGCAUAAAAACAUAAAGAACAAAGAUGGAGCUACUGAAGAAAGUGUGGUACUGUGCCCUGAGCCUGUUAGUUGUUUGCAACCAGCUGAAGUAGGGAACACGAUGAAGAAGGGCAAGGGAGUUGCUGAUGGUCAAAAGGCUUUGAAACCUGGCCAUGAUCUUUCAGAUAGGUCACAAGGAGGCAAAUCUGGACGGAAGAGGAAGAAGAGCAAACCGGCAAAUAUUGGUGUACCUCUAGUUGAUUUGGGCACGGGCAUUAUGAAUGGUUUGGAGAAAGACAUAUGCAGGCAAAGUUACCCUGGAGCUCUUCUCUUGACUUUUGCCCAUGGAGUUCCUCUUCCCUCCCAAAAUGAACUAACUUCCGCUUUCCGCAAAUAUGGUGUCGUGAUUGAAUCAGAAACAGAGCUGCUAAAAGAGACCAAUAGUGCACGUAUUGUGUUUGCCAAAAGCACCGAUGCAGAAAAAGCCUUUAAUAGCUCAGAUAAGACUGGUUAUUUUAGGCCUCCAUAUGCUAGCUACUGUCUCUGCUGUCUACCGGCAAUUGCAUCCUCUCCUCAUCCAGUGCCUCCACUUCCUUACAUAAGGGAGGGUCUUGAAAGGAUGAUAUCUACUUUGACUGCUACUUCAUCAUUGAAAGAGACAGGGACAUCUGAUGGAAUGAAGCAUGAUGCAAGGGAAAAUUUAGUUGGGGAUAUGGAGGGCCUACUGAAGAAGGUUAACACAAUGCUAAGUGGGGCUGCCACUGGUACCUAAUUUAACAAUCAUAAUAUCUGGUUCUAACCUCCCUUACCUCUGGCUUCAAUGAUCAGUCAGUGCAGCUGGUAUUAGUAUCAUCUGCUUAAUUUAGGUUGUUGAAUGUUGAGUUAUUCAGUGUACAUGGGAUCGGUACCACCUGCUUAAUUUAGACUGCCAAAUGUGAGCGUGAUUUUUAUUAGGUUCGCCUGCUUUAUGUAGGUUGUGGAACGUUGACAUAUCGAUGUUAUGCUUAGCUUAGUUUCAAUCAUUAGUGUGCAUCAUAGACUUUUUCUUCUGUUUCCAUCAGAUAAUGGACAACUUUUACCGUGGACAUAGUUGGUUGUGAGUGAUUUGACUUGGUUACUAUUGUGUCGCUAACCUAGUUGCUUGCUUAACUAUGAUUAGUACCAGAGGGGCUUGACUGCAUUGUUCUAGCAGAUACAAUUGGCUCAUAAAUGAAGGGGAAGGUGGUUGUGACCUAGUUGGUUGGGUGUUGGAAUUUAUUAACAAGGAUUGUCAACCUAAUUGAAAGAAAAAAAAAAGACCUAUUUUUGGUGUUAAUGGAGUUGAAAAGCUUGAUAAAUUUCGGUAAAGUUUCAGGGAUAAAAUUAUUGUGAAGUAUAUUUUAACACAUGCAAAUUGCUUAGAAACCUUAUUGGAUCUUUACUUUUCACUAAAUAUGUAACAUCUCAACAGUCUUGUAGUGGAGUUAGUGAUGGUUGGAUGAGUAUGUAAGGCUAGAUGGUUGGUUCAGCAUGUCUAUCGAUCUGGGCGACUGCAAACUAUCGAACUGCAUUCUGAAGUUGGUCCAGUGCUUUGGUUUGGACUGCCACUGGAGUAUCUUGGUGAGUGAACUGACUUGCUUUGUCUGGAACCCAUGAGUCGGUCUGUAGCUUUAUCGCUGUGCCAGUGCUCCCUCCAUCACUUGUUUCUAACUAUUUCAUGGGAGUUUAAUCUCAGAAAUGGAAGACAGGAGCACACUCUGCUUCUGCCUGUACUUUUUUGGUUAGGCUGGCCUCCACAGUGAUCUGUUUCUUUCCAAUACCUUUCGUUGUCAAUCUUCACAAGGAACUCG